AGUAGCUAGACUCUGCCAGAGUUGAAAUAAUUUACAAUACGAGUAAUUACGCUAAGAAUUUCAGCAAUUUCUCCUUAUUUUCAGGAUCUCGUAAAGCACCUCUUUUAGAUUUGCUAUUAAUUUUGCACUUUUAUUUACUUGCGAUUGCAGGGAUACAGAGUUUUUUAGUGCUUUUUCAGUGUUUGUUGAGCUUUCGGCUCAUAUACUUUGAUUGCAAGCUGCUAACAGUAGCUGUCGCAACUGGAACUUUGAGUCUUGGCACUCUUGGCCCUUGGGAGCUUAAAAGCUCCUUGUAAAAUCUAGCUCUCUUUGCGUCGUAGUACAACUUGCAAGUGGUAUUUCACGAGAACCUCAGUUUCGUGCUGAUUUUCGCCACUUACUAUGAUGUGGGUUUCAAGGACUAUCUUCGGCUCUAUCCUUUGGCGCACAGCACAAUCCGAGCCGACGGGAAUCUUUGCAUACAAAUGCCUGCAUUCGAAUUCCGGUGAAGGCGAAGGGUUUUCAGAUAAAAGCGGAGGAAUAAACGAUGAGCGGAGCACAGCGCAGUUGGAACAGUCUUCCCUAGGCAAUGAAGAACUGCCCGAACAGUCCGAGCCACCCGUACGAUCCCGACCGCGCCGCGGUUUCGCUGCCGCUUUCGAGCGCUUCCGCAACAUUCACGAACUGCAGCCGCCGCCCUUUCCCGAACGCGAAGAAUCCUUCGCCAGCAUGCUGCGCCACUCCAAGUACAUCCAACUGGGUGAUCCCGAGGGGAAGAUCGUCGUCGGUCGCAUCUACCACGUGGUGGCCGAUGAUCUGUACAUUGAUUUCGGCGGGAAAUUCCCCUGCGUCUGCAAAAGGCCGCAACGCGACGAGCACCUGUACUACCGCAGCGCCUUUGUCCGGGUGCGACUGAACAGUCUGGAGUUGUCGACACGCUUCCUGGGCGCGGAUCGGGAUCUGACGCUGCUGGAAGCCGAUGCGGCGCUGAUUGGUCCCAUGAAAAUACCGCCGCGACGGACUGCGGUGGCGGCAGAAUAGUCACCCGUUGGUAUGAUUUUGUAGCGGUUUUGAUUUUUGGUUUUGUUUGGUAAAAUGUGAAACAGAAUGUUUUUAGGGAAAAUCACAGUAAUUAAAAAGGUCUUUUGGGGCUGUUACCGCAUUGUGGAUUUUGCUCUCUGGAAGUUAGUGGCUCUGAAUUGUGGUGAAUUCGGUGACUGCCAAAUAAAUAGUACAGUAUUGAAAA